AUGAACUUUGUCACAACAAAGCAUGCAAACUGGUCUGCAAGAAAAUACUCUGCGGUAUGUUCAGAGCAUUUUACUGAAAUUGACUAUGAAAGAUACCUCGUCGAGAUACCUGGGAAAAGGGAAUAUACUUCAAGAUUAAAGAAGGAUGAUAUAGGUAUAACUGCCUAUCCUAGUGUGUUCAAGAAGUUGAGCAAUUUCAUGAACGAGAUAUCUCCUCGUGAGAAACGAAAAGUAUGUUUAUGUAUUUAUAUAUUUAUGUAUUUAUAUGUUUGAUGUUUACAAUCAUUUGUGAUUGUGGUAUAGCUUGUUUAGUUUUUCUCUGUAUAUUUGACUUGCAUCUCUUUUAUUGUUAAGGCUAAGAAAGACAUCUGAAGGAUAUUACAUAAGACAUAUUCGUCGUCUGUAGCUGAAGAGCUUGAGGACAAUAUGCAAGAAGAGGAGACAUGUGAUUCUUUUGAGACAUGUAAGACAAGUGGGGCAAACAACAUUCAUGUCGAAGAAUUCAAGGAUUCUCUUUUGUUCGAACAAGUAAGGGUUUCUGUAAACUAUUUAUAAAUACUAUUAUAUCACACUUGUGUCGGUUUUCUUUGAUCGUCCGAGGUUUAUAACUAGGUUAUAGACCUUGACUAAAUUAUUGAAUUAAACUUGUAGACAAAACGUGAGAAAUUUUCAUUAAAAAUUUUUGAAAAUGACAAAAUAUGUUAGAAAAGUGUGAUAUAAGUUAGUUAUAAACCUCCUACUCGGUUUAUAACUCUAACUUAAACAGUACUAGUGUGGAUGUUAGGUUUUUGUUUGUCAAUCUAUACUGUAUGAAUAUAUUUAUAUUAUAAUUUUAGUAGUUUGUCAACAGCAAAACCCAUACAGAAGCCCAGGAAUGUGAAGAAUGCAAAGGUCUUUUGGCUAAAAGCAAACACUAUCAGAGUGCCUGGUUGACAGCAAAGUUUAAAUUAAAGGAUCUAAAAAAUGAACAAAAAACUAUUAAUCAAGGUACUGUGAAAUAUUUCUAAAACUGAUAAUCACCUAAAGCAGACAUUAUGUUUUUGACAAAUAUAUUUUCCCCCAAAUCAUGGUGAUUGGAUAUAAAAUGCCAUUAUUACAUGUAGCGAAACAAAAUAUUUUGACACUGGCUAUAUAGUAGGUAAGUUUCAAGGCAAGUAUAAGGUAAGUUUCAAGGUAGUGACAGUGCUUGUAUGGUCAACUGUAUUAGUAAAAUGUGUCCUAAUGUGUUUCCAAGUGCUAAUGAGAAAUGCAGAAAUUUUGCUGGCUAAAAUUUCAAUAUUCUUUUUAUUCAAUCCAUUUCAGACAAUAGCAACGAGAAGCAUGCAGGACCAUUAGAUGAAGAACUGUCAGUGGAAAAGUUUAAUAGACAAAAUGCCAAAUAUUUCUCAUUCAGAUGACGAUGGUGAAUAUAUCAUUGAAGAGGAAGAUACGAGUCAGUCAGAUGAUAGUGGUGAAGAUGAUGAAGAGCAAUAUCCUGUGCCAAGGUAUUGUGUACAGACUUGGUUGUGAUCAAUUAAUUUCGAAAUGGGUUCGGUCAUGCUUCGAAUUGCUCUUAAGUUGCUCAUAAUUUUAUGGUUAAAGAAGCCUGGUUUUACUACAGCAAGCUCCGUUUGUUACGUCUUUCAUGGUGAGGAAGCAAUUGAUCCUAACCAGACGUUGGUCUAUCAAUCGCUAUGGUGUUAUCAGCAAAUAUACGACGCACAAGUCGGCAGGAAAGUAGAUUUACAGUUAUUGUUAAUACUUAGUGGCGAUGUUGAACUGUGCCCUGGCCCAGAAUGCGGGGAUUGCCUAAAUAUCAACCCAAGAAUGUUUGAUCAAACAGAGGGGUUUGAAGUGUUUUCAUUUAAAUGUACGGGGUCUGUGGAGCAAUUUAUGUCAUGUUACUGAGCUUUUAACUGCACACACGGAUAUUGGUAUUUUCACGCUCAGUGAAACACAUAUACAAGACGAACCCGAUGAACUAUACGUUAAACGGCUAUUCAUUUAUUAGUCUUCCACGUUCUAAUGGUUUAGGAGGAGGUGUUGCGGUGUAUAUUUCUGAGCAAAUAAACUGGACGAGGAGAUAUGACUUGGAAUCUGAACUCGAAUGUAUUUGGUUAGAGAUUUUCCCAUACAAAACAAAAAGCUUCUUAAUCUGUUCUAUGUACCGACCUCCAGACACUUCCUCCUAUACUCAUGCAAAUUUCAAGAACCUAUUUGCAGGUAUGUUGGAUUUGGCAACCGCAAACUUGAAAGUAGUAAUCGUCAUGGGGGAUUUGAAUGUCAAUUAUCAUAGAAAUGAGGAUAAUACUGAGAUAAAAUCCAUUAUUUCGGUAAAUGGCUUUAAACAAAUAGUAAAAGAAGCAACUCGUACUACGGAAAAUACCGCCACAUUAAUUGACAUUAUCAUAACUAAUAACCCAUCAGUUAUUGCGUGUACAAAAGUUGUUCCGAUAGCCUUCAGUGACCAUGACUUGAUUGGCUGUGUAAGAAAACAACAUCAUUUAAAAUAUGUACCGAAAGUUAUUAAUUGCCGAAAUACGAAGAACUAUAGCAAGGAACUGAUGUGUGACGAAUUAUUUAAACAAGAUUGGACUCCUGUUUAUGAGUCAACUGAUGUUAAUUACGCCUGGACAUGCAUGAAAGAUAUUAUUUCAUCGUGUUUUGACAAGCUAGCAUCUAUCAUAAAGAAACGUAUCCGUGGAAAACCAUCUCCGUGGUUAACUGAUGAGAUAAAAAAGGCAAUGAACACUCGUGACAUAUUAUUACGUAAGUCAAGGAAAACAAAGUUUGAAUCUGAUAUAAUUGCAUAUAGGAAAAAGCGUAAUGAG